GUUUCGGCAUCGUCGGUGGACACCUUUCGCGAUCAGUUUUUUUCUUCUUUCGCAUACCUCAGUGACGUUAUGGCAAACAAAGUUCGUGCUCAAAAGGCGGCUACAACCAAGGGCAAGAAAGUGGUCGCGGGGGGGGUCAAGGCGAACCCUAAACAGCAAUUCUCGAAGACGAGCGCGAUGAAGAGUAAUGGCCAAUCCCCCAAGAAGAGCAAGAAGAAGAAAAUGACCAAGUCCAGCAACAACAAGAAGCGCCCUCGGGAUCAGGACACAGAAGUUGGGGAGGAAGACGAUUUUGAGAGACGAGAAGUUGAGAAGAGGAAGAAGCGUGCAAAGAUGGUGGAGGCGAGCAAGACGGCCGAGACUCAGCUCGAGGUGUUUGUGGAGGCGCAUGAUGUGAUUCUCGUGGUUCUGGAUGCGAGGGAUCCUCAGCGGUGCAGGUCCAGGUCUCUGGAACAUUUGGUCCGCCAACAGAGCGGGAGCGGGAAAAGGAUUGUCUUUGUGCUCAAUAAGAUUGACUUGGUACCGCGCCGCAAUGCUGAGAGUUGGAUCAGAGCCCUUUCACAAGAAUACCCCACAGUACCCUCCAUCGCCACGAACACCAGUACUUCCAAAGCUACCGGCGCUGAAGAGCUCGUCAAGAUACUGAAUCACUAUGCCACGAAUGCCAAGCGCUGCUCGACUAUCACCGUCGGUAUCACCGGUUUUGCCAGCGUCGGCCGCUCCACACUCCUCAGAUCUCUUCAGCACUGCUCCCAGAACUUCUCCAGCUCCAGCAGUAGCAGCAGCAGCAAAUCCUCCACUACUGCCAUCAAGUUCACACAAACACCUGGUUUGAUCGUUAGCAGGACUAGCGGUCGGGGACCGAUUGACAUGCUCCUCCGGAGCAAGAUCCUCCCAGAAGAAGAUCUCGUCUCGACCACGGGCGCGUUAGUCAUGCGUUGUCCGAAACAACCACUGAUGCUCAAAUAUAUGCUGCCAUCGUACGAUGAUGGGGAAGAGUUUUUGGGCUUUUUGGCGAGGCAGCAGGGUAAGGUGCAAAAGGGAGGUGUUCCUGAUACGGCGUACGCGGCGCGUGUAUUUUUGAGGGAGUUGAGUAAUCCGGAUGGUGGGAUGGGAUUUUGCACUACCGCGACGACAAAGGGUCCUGGUGCCAACGCUGAAGAAGUGACAGAGUGGAUGAAGGAGUUUGGAACAAGUGCGAAGGAGAAUGUUAGGAGGGUGGAACAGCUCUUGGGGGCUGAUCAGCGAUUGGUCUCCCUUGCUUUGGCUCCAUAUGACUUUGACGAGGACCAGAAGGAGGAAGACGAAGGAGAGAAAGACGAGGAGCAUGAGGAAGAGGAUUAAAAAUAGGCAUGGUUUCUCAAGCCUAGAUAACUAGAGGAGGUAAAUAAAAGGACAAUCUACUGGACUGUCAGUCUUAUUUGACAACCCA